CUUUGCCGCAGAAAUGAAGCGGUUGUGAUUUCUGGAAGGAAGCUGGCUCGGCAGAUCCGACAGGAAGCCCGGCACGAGGUUGAGCAGUGGGUUGCAGCUGGAAACAAGAGACCUCACCUCAGCGUCGUUCUCGUUGGUGAAAACCCGGCGAGUCACUCCUACGUACUGAACAAAACCAAAGCGGCUGCUGAUGUGGGGAUCAGCAGUGAAACCAUCCUCAGGCCGGCUUCUAUCACUGAAGAGGAGCUGCUGGAUCUGAUCAGCAAACUCAAUAAUGAUGCCAACGUGGACGGCCUAUUAGUACAGCUUCCUUUACCUGAACACAUCGACGAGCGCAAGAUUUGCAACGCUGUGGCUCCGGAUAAAGACGUCGACGGCUUUCACGUGAUAAACGUGGGGCGCAUGUGCCUUGACCAGUACUCCAUGCUGCCGGCUACCCCCUGGGGCGUGUGGGAGAUCAUCAAGAGGACUGGCAUCCCCACGCUGGGGAAGAACGUGGUGGUGGCUGGCAGGUCGAAGAACGUGGGCAUGCCCAUCGCCAUGCUGCUGCACACGGAUGGCAGGCACGAGCGCCCGGGAGGCGACGCCACGGUCACGAUAUCGCACCGCUACACCCCCAAAGAGCAGCUGAAGCAGCACACGAUCCGCGCCGAUAUUGUGGUGGCGGCAGCAGGCAUCCCCAACCUGAUCACAGCCGACAUGAUCAAAGAAGGGGCCGCGGUUAUUGACGUGGGAAUAACGAGAGUGCAGGAUCCCGUCACCGCCAAAUCGAGGCUGGUUGGGGAUGUGGAUUUCGAAGGGGUGAAGAAGAAAGCCAGCUACAUCACGCCGGUGCCCGGCGGCGUCGGGCCCAUGACCGUGGCCAUGCUGAUGAAGAACACCAUCAUCGCUGCCAAGAAGCUGCUGAAACCCAAAGAGCUGGAACCCUUGACCACUUAA